AUGAUACGCGUCCCUCACAAAAAGGCCAACACUCCCUUUUUCUCCAAGGCCCAACUAGUCUCGAGCAAUGAUCAUGAUGAGAAGGACGAAGACGACGAAAAGGACGACGACCAAGAAGAAGAAGAACAGAAUUCAUCUCAAACAUCUGUCACUUUUGAGGAAACAUCUCACCACUCCUCUCAAAACUCUGGAACUUCUUUUUCGAUCAAUGAUGACAGCAGGCAAAUUCUUGAACAAUUAAAAAAGGACUGGCCAGCAACUCUCAAAAAGUUGAAACAAUCCGACAUGGUGACAUUUAAGAAUUUCACCAUGAAGCAAAUGUUUGACUUUGUGAUGAAAGAAAUGACCUUUGAUGAUGCACAAGAUGAGAAUUUUGUUACAACGACUCGGAAUCUUGUCUCUCGAUUGAAAACAGAUUUCAACUUUGGAAAUUCAAAGGAUUCUUGUGUGUUAGGAUCUGGGGCUUUUGGUACUGUCAUCAAAGCUGAACAUAACAUCGAUCAUAAGACCUAUGCCAUUAAAUUGGUCAAGUUGUCAAAAUUAAAAGAAAACAAAAGAAAAGAAGCCAUGAAAGAGGCAAAGAAACUUUCAUCCAUCGAUCAUCAUCCUCAAGUAGUGAGAUAUUACAGUGUUUGGAAAGAGCCCCUUAUCGAUGAAAUUGAAGAAUUAUUUGUUGAGAGAGAGAGUGAUGGAUCACAAUCAACCAACGACGAGACGACCAACAACAAUCAAAGCUCACUAAAUGAUGAUGAAGUAUUGUGUAUUCAAAUGGAAUAUUGUAGCAGUUCUUUGAAAACAGAAAUUGCAAAGAACCUAAGAAGAGGACAUGCAUGGAAAUAUUUAAUACAGAUAUUAGAGGGACUUGCCUUUUUGAGCGAAUUUUCGAUUGUUCACAGUGAUUUGAAACCUGAUAAUAUUUUAAUUCAUGAAGGAGAGGUCAAACUUGGAGAUUUUGGUUUAAGUUAUAGCUAUGAUGAAAGUCAUAAAAUUGGAUCUAGUCGAGGUACACAAUUUUACGUUCCAGAAAAGGAACCUCGAGAAAAGAACUUAAAAGUAGAUGUGUUUAGUUUAGGAGUUGUAUUUUUCGAAAUGCUCUCAUGUUUCACAACAGAAUCUGAAAGACGUGUGAAAUUGAAAUCGUUGAUUGCCAAUCCUCAUUCAGAGUUAUCCACAUGCGAUCAUUUAUUCAAUGUAGAAAAAGAACUCAUUGCGAAAAUGCUUGAUUCAAACAAGGACUCAAGACCAACAGCAAAAGAACUUCUCAUGUCUUUGACAACUCUGACUUUCAAAUGCCCAAAAUGCACCUCCAGCAAACCCAUGUAUGGUGUUGCACCAUGGAUUACACACCUUACUGGAAACACUCACGAUCCUCUUCCCACACUGUUAAAGGGACUACUUUCAGAGCCAAAUCACGAAAAUUCAGUUCAGCAGUUGAACGAGAUGUGCCAAAAACUAAAAGGCCAAAUGGCAUUUUCUGAACAGACAGAUAGCCAUGGCAAGUUCUCUUUAACAGUAGUUGUUACUUUUGGAAAAUUCACCAAAAGAAUUUCGAUUGCCUCCGUCACGGCAAAGAGUUUGUUUUUUAAAACUAAAAAAGAUGCCAAAGAACAUGCAUGUCGUCAAGCAGUGGAACAAAUCAUGCAACAAUUGAGAAUAGUAAAUAAUCAAUUGUGA